AUGCCGAUCACUCCAGAGCAGCAGGCAAAUUACGACCGAUGGGUCCGAACCCCAUGGAUCUUCGAUUCAUCACAAAGAUUCCCUGAAGGUCCGUUCGGCGUUCCUGCAGAGGCGGUAACAAACGGCAACUGCCCUAUCGGGGAAUUCAAGGUUCGGAUGAUGUACGAUGACCCUUACGCGGACGAUACCUCAUUCCAGCAGGGUAUCACCUACGAUCUAAAGCCUGCGCGUCAUGACACUAUUGCCCUUGUGAAAGAUUCUAAAUUCUACGGCCUCCUCUCGGACUCUACAAAUGGGAAAAUAUUGCGAGGCACAAUAUGCCAAUUGAACCCAAGCUGGGCAGCCAGAGUUAAAGUGACUUACAAACAUAGCCGAGAGGCACUACCUGCCGAUCGGUACCAAGAAUGGGAAGAUGUUACUGAUGCGCAGAGGGAAGAGAGGAUAAUCUGGCAGCAGUACCGCGGAAUAGGCUUUUUAUGGUUUGAGCGCAUUCAGACGGACGCCGCAGAGAAGGACGCCGCGGUGGUAAAGAUGGGAGAACUUGAUUUGAACAAGAGCUGA